AUGCUCGAGAUCGAAAACAAAAAGCGUCAGAAUAUUCUUCACGUUGCAGCCAAGGGUAGGAACGACUACGCGGUCGACUACGUAUUAGAAAAAUACAGCGAGCCCGAUACCAUCGAGAAGCUGGUGAAUGCAAAAGAUGUCGAUGGAAACACACCCCUCCAUUUGGCAUCGAUGCACAACCAUUGCCAAGUUAUGCGCUCUUUGACAAAAGUCAAAAGAAUUCGCUUGGUGCUUCGGAAUAAUGAUGGGUUGACCGCCCUGGAUGUGGCCAUGGAAUCCAGAAGCUUGUCGACGGAUCAUCCAGCGUUAGUAGGACGUGCAAUUUUGAUUGUCGCUGGUGUGCCGCGAAGAGAAAGUCGAGACGCUCUGUUGCCAGGAGAACAAGGUUCUGGACCGAGCAAAUCAUCUCCCGCCGAAUGGAUCAAGGACCAGGUCAACACAUUAUUGCUAGUGGUGACGCUUGUGGCCUCCGUCACGUUCACUGCAAGCUUAACCUUGCCCGGUGGAUAUAAUGCUUCCGGUGAUCCACACCCGGGAACAGCGACCAUGUUGCACCACAUAAUGUUUCGAGUUUUCAUAAUUGCCAACAUGUUCGCCAUGUGCAGCUCCAUUCUUGCACCAUUCUUGCAGUCAUAG